UCGAGCACCGAGAGCACACACCCCUACGCUCCACGUACCUAGCUCGCCAGCCCAUCUACAUAGUCCGGCAAUGGCGAUGCAGCAGCAGGGCGGCGCCGAGGAGACGCUGAUGCAGCGGUGCAAGCCGUACCUGGCGAUGAUCUCGCUGCAGUUCGGGUACGCCGGCAUGAACGUGAUCACCAAGGUGUCGCUGAACCACGGCAUGAGCCAUUACGUGCUCGUCGUCUACCGCCACGCCUUCGCCACCCUCUCCAUCGCGCCCUUCGCGCUCAUUCUGGAGCGCAAGGUCCGGCCGCGGAUGACCCUCCGGGUCUUCAUCAACAUCUUCCUCCUCGCCCUCAUGGGCCCCGUCAUCGACCAAAACUUCUACUACGCGGGGCUCAAGUACACCUCGCCCACCUUCUCCUGCGCCAUGAGCAACAUGCUCCCCGCCAUGACCUUCGUCAUGGCGGUCAUCUUCAGGAUGGAGAAGGUGAACCUCAAGAAGGCCAGGUGCGUGGCCAAGGUGGCCGGCACGCUGGUCACGGUCGCCGGAGCCAUGCUCAUGACGCUCUACAAGGGCCGCGCCAUGGAGAUGAUCUGGUCUAAGCACACCCACCUCCACGACGGCCCGCACCAGGACGCUGCCGCUGCCGCCAAGGACUGGUUUAAGGGGUCCAUUUUCCUCAUCAUCGCCACCCUCGCCUGGGCAUCCCUCUUCAUCCUACAGGGCCCGACGCUGACGAGGUACAACGCGCCGCUGACCCUGACCAUGCUCAUCUGCUUCGUGGGCACCCUGCAGGCCAUCGUGGUCACGUUGGCCAUGGAGCACACCACCGACGUCUGGAAGAUCGGCUUCGACAUGAACCUCCUCGCCGCCGCCUACGCCGGUAUCGUGACGUCGAGCAUUGCCUACUACGUGCAAGGGCUGGUGAUCCAGGUCCGGGGCCCGGUCUUCGCCUCGGCCUUCAGCCCGCUCAUGAUGAUCGUGGUGGCCAUCAUGGGCUCUUUCAUCCUUGCAGAGAACAUCUAUCUCGGAGGGAUCAUCGGGUCCGUCCUCAUCGUCGCCGGCCUCUACUCGGUGCUCUGGGGGAAGCACAAGGAGAGCGUGGAGAAGAAGGAUAUCGAGGCGACCGAGAUCCCCGUGGCGAUCAAGGGCGUCGAUGCCAACGGCAGGAUCAUGGACAUCGUGGAGCUGGACGAGGUGCAGCUGGAGAAGGCCAAGGCCAACGGCAAGGCGGUCACCAUCUCGGUGCCUGCCGAGGAAGCCCGGAUGCAGCGCGACGGCGAGAACUGACUGGGCAAGAAACUCGUAGGUCUAUUGAUCAAUGGACCUUGUUGUCUUCCCUUCUUUUGCUCUUGGAUCCCUGGCAGUGGGAGGGUAAGCAGUGGUGGUAGUAAUACUAGUAAAAACAUCUAGUGGCAAACUGGUAAUAUGUAUGCUGUGAUGUGAGGGAGAGCUUUGUAACCUCUCUGUACCUAAGCAAGCAGAUGCUUUCAGUUUGGGAUA